UAGUAGCCGGCUACUUGGCUAGAAGCAGAGACGUUCCUCUCCAGCAACACCGAGAUCCAGUUUCCCUUAAGCCGCUCUCGCGUGUUUGUCUGUUCUCGUCGCGUUCGCGUCGUGUCCUACCGAUUAUUUUCUCCUUCCUCCCCCCCUCCCCCGCCCGCGCACGAGAUCGUCGACACGGUAGAGAGCCGCGCGGUAUACACACGGACGUGUCGUUGUAGCACCGAGUGUCCCGCUAUAAAAGUAAUUGCCCGGUGCCGAGCCCCAGGAUGGCGUUCAACGGAGAUGGACCACACUCCAAAAGGCAGCGACUCGAGGAAUCCGGCCACAGGAAUCACGAGUAUGGCGGGUAUGGGGACGAGCCGCGACGUAAAAGAGAAGACAAUAAUACACCAAAUCACGUUCUCCUCUUCACAAUUAUCAAUCCAGUCUACCCGAUUACUGUGGAAGUAUUACACACGAUCAGCGCGCCCAGCGGACAAGUUCGGCGUAUCGUUAUCUUCAAGAAAAACGGCGUACAGGCCAUGGUGGAGUUUGACUCGGUGGAAUCGGCGACGAGAGCGAAGGAGACACUUCAAGGAGCGGACAUAUACUCCGGCUGCUGCACACUGAAAAUCGACUUCGCAAAGCCCACGAAGCUCAACGUUUACAAAAACGAUGCAGAAAGUUGGGACUACACGACGCCGACGCUGGUUAUUGUUCCAACUUUAAAGAAUAUAUCAGAAGAAGAAAGUAAUAUGCCUGGAUCGGGCGCGCACAAAAAUGACGCGACCGGAAAUGGAAGGCCGGCUCCCCUUUUGGCGGAACCCAGAUACGGUGCCGCGCCCCAACCAUACGGAUCUACGCCACAGGUAACUUUCCCCCCGGGUGCUGGUCACGAUCGUUACGAGGAGAAUUUCAAUGGACCAGCUACGUACGCAGAGCCGUACGUUGAGCGUUAUGCUAUUAAGAGUGAUUUUAGCGGUCGAGACCCUUUACACCCCACGCCACCACGGCCUGGUUACGUACCCACCCUAGGGCAGACCCCACCUUCAAGUACGCAGGGCUCAGUGAUGAUGGUAUACGGUUUGCAACCGGAUAAAGUAAACACCGACAAACUCUUCAACCUGUUCUGCCUCUACGGAAACGUGACGAAGGUCAAGUUUUUGAAGACGAAAGAGGGAUGCGCCAUGAUCCAGAUGGGCGACAGCAUAGCCGUGGAACGAUGUUUACAGAACCUGAACAACGUCACGAUCGGCACGGACGGCAGGUUGCAGUUAGGAUUCUCGAAACAGGCUUUCCUCUCAGACGUCACCAAUCCUUACAUCCUGCCUGACAAGACAGCGAGUUUCAAGGAUUUCACAGGAAGCAAGAAUAACAGGUUCCUAAACCCAGCAAUGGCUAAUAAGAAUAGAAUACAACCACCCUCGAAGAUAGUCCACUUUUUCAACACACCUCCGGAUUUAACCGAGGAGACAGUACACCGUGUGUUCGUCGAACGCGGCAUCGAGGCACCAACGACGGUGAAACUGUUCCCCCUCAAGUCGGAACGAUCGUCGUCUGGCCUUAUAGAGUUCAGCAGCGUCGGAGUCGCGGUCGCCGCCAUUAUGGAAUGCAAUCACACAGCACUGGAAAACAGCAACGGCAAGUUCCCGUACAUCAUGAAGCUGUGUUUCUCGUCGUCGCGUACCAUACCCACCAGUUUCCCGCCAAGCAGCGGCAGCACAGCGAGCAAUUCCGCCGGUAAUGGCCACGUCAAAAUGCAGCAGGACUCGGAAUAGAACGGCGAGGUCCAGGGCCAGCAGCGUCAGCGUCAGCGCCAGCGUCCCUCUCUCGCCCUGCACCCGUUGUGUGCCCCGACGGGCACGGCCCUGCACCCAGCCGCAGCGAUCACACUAUCCCCGGUUUUGCCGCCGCCCGUGCCGCCGCCUUUGCCGCCCGCCUGCGUCCUGAUCGCCACCCCGACACUGUACCCGACCGUGCCGCCGCCACCACCGCCACCGCUGCCUACGUUCUGGCCCUAUUGAAACGGGGAGGAGAAACGGGCCUAUCCGGUGCACGACGGCGUUGCUACACGGCCGUCGUCGCCUACACUUUUAUCAUCCACUGCUCCCCGUUUCGCAAACCAUCCGUCAAGCAAUCGGACGCUGGUCGCUGGAUGAGAAACGGUCGUAGAAUCGGUCGGACCGAGAUGGCUCGGACCGACCACACGGAGAGAGUCGGCUCCGUCGUUUUCUUUUACUUCUCAAGAGUCGAGGACCAACGAGAAUCGUCUUGGCGCGGUGCUCUCGAAUACUCGCCGUGAGAGAUCGAUCGGUGCAUCGGCAAGGAUCACGAUUAUAUUCCUAAUCGUCGACAGGGUGGUGUAUAUAUACAUACAUAUAUGUAUAUAUAAAUAUAUAUAUAUAUAUAUAUAUAUAUAUAUAUAUAUAUAUAUAUAUAUAUAUAUAUAUACACACACACAGAGACGCAUCACACGGGUUAGGCUGCUCGAUGGUCAUCGAGGAUCGUCGUCCGCUGGCCGAGUGGAAGUCAGGCGAAAGAAACUAACCGAGAGGCAGCAAUGUUUCUGAUUACAUUAUUACACUGCUCCGUGUGCGUGUCUAACUUGUCUACCUUUUCUUUUUCUCUUGUUUUCAUUUUUCUUUCCUCUAUCUUCUGUUCUCUUGCCUUUGUUCUUGUUCUUCGUUGUUCCGGCGAGGUGUCCGGGUAAUAACGGCGUGCGCUUCUUCGCUCCGCGCGCGGACAUCCCUGGUCUCUAAGGGUAGAUGAUAGAUUAGAACCGUCUCUAGAUUCCGCGAGACGGUGUCUCCCGAAUUCGUUUCUGCGUAAGUUUUAAUAGUAUAGUCAGUAUUAUGUUUCGAAGCGAGAUCCUUUUUCGCCGAGAUGCGUACCGUGGUACCGAGCGAACGGAGAAAGACAGUUCAGGAACGGAGCACUGAAAAUGGCAAAGCGACAAAAAAGAAUCGAGAGCUCGCGCGAGGAAAAGGAAUGAGAGAGGGGGAGAGAGCCGAGUAAUGAUAUCGGUGAACCGGAGAGAAUAGGGAGAACAAGAAGAGGACGCACACUGGCCAACGUCGUCGUUCUUCGCGGAAGCUUCUCUCUCCUUCGGUGGAAUCGCGAGGAUCGAUCGCGUGGAAGGAUUGUCUUGUAAAUAAUAGCCGAGAUAAACGGGCGUCUUAAUGGGAAUCUGCCGUCAUCGGGGCACAGAUUACAUAUCAAGGGCCGGGGGGGUAACAGCGGAACACCGCGGAUUCGAGAGAAACCCCCGUAGAAAAUCCGUUUCGGGCGGCCUUUUCGCUUCCUCUACGCCAGAGGCUGGCGAAUGUCCGCGGUUAGAGCCGAUGGUUUCUCGCGGAUCGGCUUGUCCGGCUGACGGGCCCAAGCGUACGAGACGUUUUUCACAGUUCCACACGAUAUCGCGGGCAUGUCCGUUCGUUUCAUUCGAUUAUUCUGGAUUCGUUUCCGUCGCGACACCCCGCGACACGCGCGCCCGCCGCCUGGUUCAUACGCGUACAAUAUGACGCAUGCACGUACACGCCAUCCUCUUGCACACGAACACAUUUGCCGCGUGUAAAAACAUGAAACACCUUGCGACAUAACACCACGGUCUCGGAUGCUUGUUCAGAAGCAACGUUCCUCGUUGACCAUUUCACAUUUAUGGGAUCCAAAUGAAUCGUAGGUUCCUUCCUGACCAUGCUGGAUACAGUUUUAAUAGAGGGAAAAAAAGAGAGAAAGGGAGAGAGAGAAAGAAAGAAAGAGUGUGAAUGAAAUAGAGUGAGACAGAACAAGUGAGAAAGAGCGAGAACAAAGAGAGUGUUCAGAGGAUCUUGAUCAAUUGUGUGCUCCGAGAGACAAAUUUUACUCGGCAACGACUAAAACCCCCGCCCCCAUCAUCGUCCCCCUUUAAUAAUCGCUAAUCACUGCUGUUCCCACAUCAUGAUCCAACGACUCGGCAAAGUCUUUUGCUCCCGAGAAAAUUCGAGAUUUUUCGGCCCUAUACCGGCUGCAUUAUUUUAUAUAUACUCGAUGUAUAUAUAUACUGCGCAUACACGUGUAUACAUGUACGCAUGCUUUACAACA